AUGGCGCGAAACCUGAACCCUAGGCAGCGUAAGAUGAUUGUACAUAAGAUAAACAGCAAGAAAGGACUGACUACAUCUCAAGUGGCCAAGCUAGCAAAGUGUACUGAGCGUUCUAUCACUAACAUACGCAAGAAAAUGCGAUUGUUCGGCAGUCCCGAUCCUCCUAAAAUCCCUCCUGGCCCGCCACUAAUCGUUAGUUCUGUGAUGCUAGACACCCUUUAUAACUACCUCGCUAAGAUACCCGGCCUCUAUCUCGAGGAGAUGGCUAAGUUCCUAUGGGACGAGUUCAACGUACUACCCUCAUCAUCUGGCAUCCAACGUGCGCUUUCUCGGGUUGGAUAG